UCUUGCAUUUGCGUUUGCAUUUGCAAGAACUUAAAAAAAAAAAAAAAACCUCUCCCUUCCUAUUUUCUUUUCUUUUUCUUCUUAAAACGCAUAUUCACAGAUGAGGGGUGAAUCGUAGUGUUAAAAAUGGUACAAAAAUGCUUUUUGCUAGAGACAGGAGAAGAGAGAGAAACAGGAACCUGAUGCCCUUUUGAUGUGUGAGUGGGUGGUGCUCUUUUUUUCUCCCCCUCUCUCUUUCUCUCUCUAUAGCUCUCUUUCUUUCUUUCCCCUUUGUUUUUUUCCCCUUGCCUUAAUUCCUCAUUUCCUCCCGUUUUCUGCCCAAAACCAUCUCAAAAUACAAAAGCUUCAAAGAAAGCUUAAGGCUGGAUGGAUGAAGAAGAUUCAAGUGGGCUUGCUUGAUCUUGUAAAAAAGGAAGUUGCAAAAUAAUAAAGAUAAUAAAAUAGCUAGGUUUGGCUAGCUCCUUUGCUGUUGCUGCUGGAGGCUGUGCUUGGUGGUGGUGGUGGUGGGGUUUGUAUUAGAAAGAGAAAGAUAAAUAAAGAGAGAGAGAAGUCUGUAAUAGUAAGUGUUGUUAUAUAUGCUGAACGCUAAGAGGUUAAAGAUAAGGCCCAGUGGAAGUGGAAGAGAUAAUUUUAAGAGUAGUAGUACUAGUAUUAGUUGUGGAGAAGCUUGUGACUGUUGCAAAAACAGCACAAGAAGAGAGAAGCUUAGCAUCAGAUGUUAUCCAUUGAAAGCCCUCCACCAGAUCCCCCAUGUUCUUGCCAAUUUCCCCAACUGAAUAGUACUAGUAGUGAUGAGAGAGCUUCUCAUAAGCAGCUUCUUCCCUUACCAGAGGUAGAUCUACCAAACCCACCUCUUGAUCAUCAUACCCCACUUGCUAAUUUCUCUAUAAGAGAUUAUGUAUUUACAGCCCGGAGUAAAGAUGUCAAGAAGAAUUGGCCUUUUUCUCUGAAAAAUUUGCAGCUUUGUUUGAAACAUGGCGUGAAAGAUGUCUUGCCACCAUUUCAGCCUCUUGAUUCAGUAAGGAAUCAGUCACUUAAGAGAUGUACGGUUGAAAGUAGUUCACUUGAGAAGCAAAACACAAGCAAGUUUGACAAAAAGCCUUCUAGUCCAGACAAUAACGGUACCCAGUUGAAUAACAAGCUGUUUGAAUCUUGCAUUGAUAUUAGUUCAUGUAAAUCUGGAGAAGAAAAUGAUUUCCCAUCCACCACCACGAGUGUGUCUCAAUCUGAGAUAGAGUCCCUUAUUGAUAAUAGGCAAUCUAGGUCACCAUUGGUAACUGAGAAUUCACGGAGAAGUUCAGUUGCAGUUGAGACUGUUGGUCCUGGGAAUAACAAGACUGAGAGCACUUCACGGCCACUGGGCAAGAAGUGUAGGCUGAUAGUAAAAUUUGGUGGAACUUCUGAUCGUAGCUCUACUGAAGAUAUCGCCUCUAAUUGUACUACUGUAUCAGAAACAAUGGCUUCUAAAGUUUGCCCUGUUUGCAAAACUUUCUCAUCCACAUCAAACACUACCUUGAAUGCUCAUAUUGAUCAGUGCCUUUCUGUGGAGUCAACACCCAAAUGGACAGCUGAUUCUAAGUUAACAAGACAUAGGAUAAAGCCGAAGAAGACAAGGUUGAUGGUAGAUGUUUAUUCUACUGCAUUACCAUGCACAUUAGAAGACCUUGACCGAAGAAAUGGGACAAACUGGGCCACAGUUUCAAGUAUGCCUACUCAGGAGACUGAGAAGAUUGAGAGUUCUAAUGAAGGGAAGAAGCAAAGGGUAUCACCAGCUCAUCCUGAGGAUGCUGGAGAUGUGGGUCCAGUUUAUAUUGAUGCAAAUGGCACUAAGCUUAGAAUUUUAUCGAAGUUUAAUGAACAACAAUCAAUGUCAAAAGUGGGGGAGGAUAUUGGACCAAGGAAACAUUUGAAAGGAGUCAAAGGAAGUAAAUACAUUUCAAAGAAGAAGAAAAAACGCCUUGCACAAAAACAUCAGAAGUAUCUGAAACAUGUUCCUCAAAGAAAGAAAGUUUUCUCCCAUGAGGCUUAUGGCUCCCAGAUUUCUGAAGGUCAAGAAGGGUAUAAAGGAGAGGCAAAAACUUCUGAGAAAGAACAUGCAAUGUCAAAACAAAGUCCACCUUGUGAUUCUGGGACUUUAAGACCAUGGGUUUGCUCCAAAAGAAGAGGUUUUGGGAAGAAGAUUGCAAGUGAAGAGGGCCAUCAAUCUGUGAGAUGUAAUUGGCAUUUGCCUCGGGAUUUACUGGUUGAGAAUGGUCAAUCAUUUUUAGGUGAUUCUAUUGCAGACAGGAAUCAUGUCCAGAAAUUUGCCAGUCUGUCUGAUAAUCCCAUAUCUUCUUCUGGAAACAAUGAGAGGCUGGAAAAGUCAUUUCAUAAAGUUCAAGUUAGCAACAAGAGGGAGCAGUCUCCUGGGAGAAAAAGAUUGGGGGAAGGCAGGACCAGUAAUGAUGCGGAGGGCUCUUUGCCACCUCUGAAACAAAAUUCCAAUCCCUUGGGGAAUUAUGUAACUUCAAUGCAUGAUAGUUGUAUGCUGAGACCUUUAAACUCUACAAGGAAUCAUGCAUCUUUGCUUAGCAAGAAAACAGUUGAUACUCGCAAAGAUUCCUUCAAUAAUUCUGAUAUUUCUUGCAUUGCUAGCACAAAAUCUCCUCGGAAUGCUCAUGCAAUUGUAACUAAAGCAAUGAGAUUCUCCUCUUUUAGGAAAAACAUGUCUGUAAAUGGCCGAUCUUCUGUGACUGAACCUAUGUAUAGUAGGAUUAAGAAGUGGUCAGCUCUUAAGAAGUCUCAAGUGCGCUUCAUGAAAAAAAGAGAUGAAGAGGUAGUGACUUGGCAUUCUGAAGCAGAUAAAGGGUGUGAUUUGAUGAGUGGUGAAGCAGAUAAUGAGGUUGAAAGAGCAGAAAUAAAUGAUGAUGAAUAUCUGGAGGAAAGCACUGCCAUGGAAACAAGGGAAGCAAGAGGAUUGUUUUCUACUUCUCAAGGGGAUGGAGCAUUGGAUUUGAGGAGCUCAAAAUCUGCACCUCAAUGUUACGAUAAUGAUGUCCGAGUAAAUGCUGAUUCUUCCGUUAGAGUCGGUGAUGGUUUUCAAUCAAAAAUUGAUUGCUUAGACUCUGCUCGAAAGCAUGUUCGUGUCUAUGUGGAGGACAUUGUUGUUGAACCAUCUUCUAGGACUUCUGAUGGGAGAACUACAGCUGGUUUGAUUAAGUCAGUAGAUUCAGAAGUGUUCAAGCUGACUAAUUCCUCGAAGAUCCAUUCUAACUUUCUUCAGUCCAUUGAAGAUUACAGGGGGCUUUUAUGCGAUACUGGAGCCCCAACAGGUCCACCGGAGCCUGAUUUUGUUAAUGACCAAGAGAUGUUUUCUGCUGACGAAGUUGGAAAUGGUAUGAAUCAGCAAAAUGCUGAUAUGAGAUUGGAGUUGGAUUCUGAAGCUGGGCAAGGAAACUCUUUUCCUGAGGUUGAUCCAAUACCUAUUCCGGGACCCCCGGGCUCAUUUUUGCCAAGUCCUAGAGAUAUGGGCUCAGAAGAUUUUCAAGGGAAUUCAUCCUUGACUACAAGCCGGGUUCAUUCUUCUCCAGAUCAGCAUGAUGUGGUCGAUGGAGAUUCAUCAGAUUCACCUAUGUCUGCAGCAUCCACCAUCUCUAACUCCACUGCUGGUAGAUCUGAUUUCAAUUAUUCAGAACCAUCAUCAGCUCUAGGACCUUACACUGUUCAAGACAAGAUUAGGUCAACAAGUGCUAGUUCUGAGCCUUCACUGCAAAGUGUUGGCAUUGUUCCACAGCCAACAGGUGCAGAAGUGGAAAGAACUGCUUUUGAUGGAGAAUAUUUGAAACUUGAUAGGAUCUAUAUUGAGAAGGGAUCUCUUAGUUUCAAGAAUGAUCAGCCAUGCUGUUGCCAAAGGAAGGAGAGAUUUUCUCAGGGUGUUGCUUUGAAUUAUCAAGAUUCACAACUUUUAAGACGACGAAAAAUGGCUUCAGUAACCGUUUCUGCCAGUGGAAAGCAUAUGGAUUUCAACUCCAACAUGAAGCCAGUUGAUUUGGAUGCAAGGCCUGAAUUAGCUACUCCGAACAGUUGUGCAAGUUCAGUACCUGAGAAGUUGGUUCCCCCAGUCAUUAAGCCUGCUGCAGGUUCCAUUCCUUUCAAGGAUUCUCCCAAUGCCAGUGCAAAAUUUUUAGCUCGUAAUGAUUCUGAUUCUGCUAGUCCAUCCACUUCCAAUCCUGUACUUAGGCUGAUGGGUAAGGACUUAAUGGUGGUCAACAAAGACGAUGAUAUGCCAGUGCCACUUCCUGGGUUUCAACCUCAUGUUCAGAAUAACCAUCAAGCCUCUCAGUUUCUGGCAUUUUCCAGAGUCUUUCCUAGCAAUAUUCAGAAUCAGGACUGCCAUCCCUUACAUCAUAUGGGGUCCCAAGCUUCUGCCUUCUUUGGUAACUCCCAUAAGUCAGUAGGUCCAUGCAUUGAUGGUGGUUUAUCAAACAGUUUUAGAAGCCAAUCUGAUUCAAGAUUACCUGUACAUGCGCGACUACCAGCAGGCAUGUUUCAAGAUCAGCGUGCAGAUUGUGGUUUUGCAACAUCCAUGGAUUGUCACGAAUAUAAAGGCGAUUACAACAUUCCAAGCCGGCAUAAUAGGCUAAAGAACAAACUAAAUGUAUCACCCUCAGAUAAUGUGGACAAAGUUGCAGCAACUCCUGAUUGCCAUUAUCAGCAUGCAGAUUCUUCCACAAAUCUAGCAAAAGAAAUCAUCAUCAUUGAUGACAUUCCAGAAAGUGAAAAUGCUGUGAGUAGUGAUGUUGCAAAGUACAUGGAAGGUGUGAGGGAAAGCCAAGCAGUUUCUUCUGGUAUCUCGAUUCCAACAGCUCCGAGUUAUGUCCAUCCUUUUCCCUGUUAUCAGCCACAAGAUCAUCCUCUUCUUGGAGAAUCACCUGUAGUCCGCAAUGCUAGCUUUCAUGCAGUCCCAGCUAAGCUAGGCAACACAUGUCCCGUUAGGUGGGGUUGUACUGCGGAAGGUUCUGGUGUGCUGCAGCGGAGUCCUUUUACAGCUGCAUCGUCCUCACCUGGUCAUUUAAGAUCAGCAGCACUGCAUUAUUCUCCAGGUUUUUCAUAGUUAAAGUACUUACAGCUUGCAUGGCGGUUUCUACAAGAUUGUGCUUUACUAGGUUGCUUACCAAUCAAACUUGGACUGAACUUGGGCUUCUUUCAUCGACCAGUUGUUGGAAACUUUUGGGGGUUCAAAAAUGACUAUAGCAGAAAUAAUGGCAGUAUGAACAAAGACAGCCUGCAUAAGCUUAGCAUUUGGGAACUCAGAAAAAAAAAGUUUGUAUUCAUUUCUAAUGUACUGAAUGUUGAGUCAGAUUUUAAGCAGUUUUUUAGAUUCUGCUUAGGC